CCUGCGCAGUCUCAGGGAGGGCGUGUAUGUCUGUGUGUCUGAGGGAGAGAGAGCGAGAGUGAGUGAGUGUGAGUGCGGGGUAGGGUGGUGGCCGUUACGUUCGGGGCAACGGCUACGGCAGUGGAGAAGUAAGAAGAGAAACAACGUCCGGCGCUUCCGCCUUCGCUUAGGAGGAGGAGGAGCUGGUAGGGAAAGGAAAGUGAUUCGCCCUGGGCCUGGACGAGACCGAGUCGGGCCGGCGGGGGUCUGGGCUAUGAGCCUUUGAGGGUCUCUUGGGACGCGGAGCGAGACUCGAGAGCCGAGAGCUAUGUCUCAGCCGCCCCCGCCGCCUCCGCUGCCGCCUCCGCCGCCUCCCCCAGAGGCUCCGCAGAGUCCGCCGUCCCUGGCGGCGGCGGCGGCGGCGACUCCGGGGGGGCUCUCGAAGCGGAGAGACCGGAGAAUCCUUUCCGGGAGCUGCCCGGAUCCGAAGUGCCAGGCGCGUCUGUUCUUCCCGGCCUCCGGUUCCGUCAGCAUCGAGUGUACCGAGUGCGGACAGCGGCACGAGCAGCAACAGCUGCUGGGGGUGGAGGAGGUGACUGACCCGGACGUAGUGCUUCACAACCUGCUGCGGAACGCGCUGCUCGGGGUGACAGGGGCACCCAAGAAGAACACGGAACUGGUAAAGGUGAUGGGCCUUUCAAACUACCACUGCAAACUACUGUCGCCCAUAUUAGCGCGCUACGGAAUGGACAAACAGACUGGCCGGGCUAAGCUGCUUCGGGACAUGAACCAGGGCGAGCUGUUCGAUUGCGCUUUGCUGGGUGACCGCGCCUUCCUCAUCGAACCGGAGCAUGUCAACACGGUGGGCUACGGCAAGGACCGCUCCGGAAGCCUCCUGUAUUUGCAUGACACCCUCGAGGACAUAAAGCGGGCCAAUAAAAGUCAGGAAUGCCUCAUUCCCGUGCAUGUGGACGGGGACGGGCACUGCCUGGUGCAUGCUGUGUCCCGGGCCCUAGUGGGCCGGGAGCUCUUCUGGCAUGCCUUGAGAGAGAAUCUUAAACAGCACUUCCAGCAGCACCUGGCCCGGUAUCAAGCGCUGUUCCAUGACUUCAUUGAUGCCGCUGAGUGGGAGGACAUUAUCAACGAGUGUGACCCUCUGUUUGUACCGCCUGAGGGGGUUCCCUUGGGCCUGCGGAACAUCCACAUAUUUGGCCUCGCCAAUGUGCUUCAUCGCCCUAUUAUUUUGUUAGAUUCGCUCAGUGGCAUGAGAAGCUCUGGUGAUUAUUCAGCCACCUUUCUGCCAGGGCUCAUCCCUGCAGAGAAGUGCACCGGCAGAGAUGGUCAUUUGAACAAGCCAAUCUGUAUCGCUUGGAGUAGCUCUGGUAGAAACCAUUAUAUCCCCUUGGUAGGCAUAAAAGGGGCUGCUUUGCCCAAACUGCCUAUGAAUUUGCUUCCUAAAGCAUGGGGUGUGCCUCAGGACCUCAUUAAGAAGUACAUCAAACUUGAGGAGGAUGGUGGUUGUGUUAUUGGAGGAGACAGAAGUUUGCAGGAUAAAUACUUACUUAGGCUUGUUGCUGCUAUGGAAGAAGUCUUUAUGGACAAGCACGGUAUCCAUCCUAGUUUGGUGGCUGAUGUCCAUCAGUAUUUCUACAGGAGGACCGGUGUGAUAGGAGUUCAGCCUGAAGAAGUCACAGCAGCUGCUAAAAAAGCAGUAAUGGAUAAUCGCCUUCACAAAUGUUUGCUCUGUGGUGCCCUUUCUGAACUUCAUGUUCCUCCAGAGUGGUUGGCUCCGGGAGGGAAACUGUAUAACUUGGCAAAAAGUACUCAUGGACAGCUGAGGCCUGACAAAAAUUAUAGCUUUCCCUUGAACAAUUUGGUUUGCUCAUAUGAUUCAGUGAAAGAUGUCCUGAUACCAGACUAUGGCUUGAGUAACCUGACAGCUUGUAAUUGGUGCCAUGGCACAUCUGUGCGAAGAGUCCGAGGAGAUGGGUCUAUUGUGUAUUUGGAUGGGGACAGAACUAAUUCCAGGUCCACUGGUGGCAAAUGUGGUUGUGGCUUCAAACAUUUUUGGGAUGGGAAAGAGUAUGACAAUCUACCAGAAGCUUUUCCUAUUACUUUGGAAUGGGGUGGAAGAGUGGUCAGAGAAACAGUGUAUUGGUUCCAGUAUGAAAGCGAUGCAUCUUUGAAUAGCAAUGUGUAUGAUGUUGCGAUGAAACUUGUUACCAAGCACUUUCCAGGUGAAUUUGGGAGUGAAAUCUUAGUUCAGAAAGUUGUCCACACUAUAUUACAUCAGACUGCCAAAAAGAAUCCUGAUGAUUAUACUCCUGUAAAUAUAGAUGGUGCUCAUGCCCAAAGAUUUGGAGAUGUACAAGGACAAGAGUCGGAGUCCCCACUCCCAACUAAAAUUAUUCUUACUGGACAGAAAGCGAAAACUUUGCACAAGGAGGAGUUAAACAUGAGUAAAACUGAAAGAACUAUUCAACAGAAUAUUACGGAACAGGCUUCUGUAAUGCAGAAACGGAAAACAGAGAAGUUAAAACAAGAACAGAAGGGGCAGCCCAGGACUGUUUCUCCCAGUACUGUUCGUGACGGCCCAUCCUCUGCACCUGCCACCCCUACCAAGGCUCCCUAUUCGCCAACCACUUCUAAGGAGAAAAAGAUCCGAAUCACAACUAAUGACGGACGGCAGUCCAUGGUUACACUUAAGUCUUCAACAACCUUUUUUGAACUUCAAGAAAGCAUAGCCAGAGAAUUCAACAUUCCGCCAUAUUUACAGUGUAUUCGAUACGGCUUUCCUCCUAAAGAGUUAAUGCCACCCCAGGCAGGAAUGGAAAAGGAGCCAGUUCCUUUACAGCAUGGUGACAGAAUCACAAUCGAGAUCCUGAAAAGUAAAGCCGAAGGGGGUCAGUCUGCUGCUGCCCACUCGGCCCACACUGUGAAACCAGAAGACAGUGCUGUCACCGGCAGACUGUCAUCUAAGGAGCUUCAGGAGCAAGCUGACAAAGAAAUGUACUCCUUGUGUCUUUUAGCAACGUUAAUGGGAGAAGAUGUAUGGUCUUAUGCAAAAGGUCUUCCUCACAUGUUCCAGCAGGGUGGCGUAUUCUACAAUAUUAUGAAGAAAACCAUGGGUAUGGCUGAUGGCAAGCAUUGUACUUUCCCACAUCUGCCUGGCAAAACCUUUGUCUAUAAUGCUUCUGAAGAUAGACUGGAGUUGUGUGUGGAUGCUGCAGGACAUUUUCCCAUCGGUCCUGAUGUUGAAGAUUUAGUUAAAGAGGCUGUAAGUCAGGUUCGAGCAGAGGCUACUACAAGAAGUAGGGAAUCAAGCCCCUCACAUGGGUUAUUAAAACUAGGUAGUGGUGGAGUAGUGAAAAAGAAAUCCGAGCAACUUCACAAUGUAACGGCCUUUCAGGGGAAAGGGCAUUCUCUAGGAACUGCGUCCAGUACCCCACACCUUGACCCAAGAGCCAGGGAGACUACAGUUGUAAGGAAGCAUACGACAGGGACAGACUUUAGUAGUAGUUCCAUUAAAACAGAGCCUUCUGUAUUCACAGCUGCUCCUAGUAACAGUGAGCUUAUUCGAAUAGCUCCUGGAGUAGCUACAAUGAGAGACAGCAGGCAGCUUGAUCCUGAUAUGGUUGAGGCCCAGCGGAAAAAAUUGCAGGAAAUGGUGUCUUCUAUUCAAGCAUCGAUGGACAAGCACUUGCGAGAUCAAAGUACAGAGCAGUCACCAUCUGAUCCUCCUCAAAGGAAAGUGGAAGCUGUGAGUUCUUCUGUGAAGUCUGGGAGUCUUCAGACUGGCUUACCUGAAUCUUUUCCUCUAACUGGUGACACUGAAAAUUUGAAUAUAGAAACAGCCGACGGCUGUGUGGCAGAGGCACUGGAAGCAGCAUUCACUGCAAGGUCAGAAGCACAAAAGGGAAGUUCUGUGGAGGAGCCCGAAGAGAUGGAUAGUCAAGAUGCUGAGAUGACAAACACAACUGAGCCAAUGGAUCACUCUUGAUUUAAUUAGAGGCUAAUAAAGGCAGAAUGUUUAUUGUGAAUAUGUAAUAUUUGUUGGCUGGGCCACAUAACUUGAUUAGCCAUUAAAAAAUCUUGUACGUAUAUAAUUCAAAGAUUAUAUCUUGUUAUUCAGUGCAUGAUAGCAAGUGUGUGAUUGGCAAUAGCUUUUAAUAUACUGCUGCCCAGGCUGGCUCUGAAUUCCUGUAAAAUAGUUAUUAGAUCUGCUUAUAUGAGUUACUUCCAUAUAUGUGGUUCAUUGGAAGUUGUUUGUAAUUUUAAUUCCAUGAAAGUCUUAAUGUUGCAAACAUGAAGAUUCUCUUGCUAUAUCUGUUUGAUUUCUGAAAAGGCUAGAACUGGGGGAAAAUAAGAUUUUGCUAAUGUUGAUGUCAUCAGGAUAACCAUUCCACAUACUUAUUAGUGUGUCAAAGGAUUUAUGUAAAUUUGAAGGUUAUCUGAACUAAAUUGUAUCUUGAAAUUCAUAAAGGAUAUGUUAGACACUGGGAUCCUGACAUUUCUGUGAACGUAAACACAUUCAUAGAGAUAUGUAUUCUUGGUGAAAAUAUCUUGAGAAUGUAGUGUAAUGAUAUAUAACAUUUUGCUGAUUUGAGCAAGCUUGGGGGAAAGUAUCUAUUCUAGAAUGAUAAAGUCAAUGUGAUUCAGUAAUGUUGCUGUCUGAGCCAACACAGCCAAUUGUGUGCUCUGGUGUUGAUAAUAUGUUACCAUUAUUUUGAAUCCUGGCCUGGUCAAGUACCACCAAAUUUUUGUUCUUUAAUCUUGCAGAAAAGUUGAUUGCAAAGUGUGGUAGAAAAAUAAUAAAAAAAAUAAUGGUAGCAGUAGUUAAUCUCUAAUUUCAGAGUUUGUCAGAUUCACAGAGAAUUUAUAAAUAAGAAUUUAUCUUUAUGAAUGGGUUACAUUGUUCUACAAUUUUGAUCAAUGGUAUUUAAGCUUGUAUAUGCUAAAUGUCUUUGAGCCCCUCUGAACCAAAAAUGUUUCCUUUUUUUUUUUUUUCUUAGAAUCCAUUAGAUUUUCUUCAUUUGUAGCUUCACUUGGAUUUGGAUGCAAAUUUGACUGCAUCAUACCCUGAUCAACUGGGCAUUUGCUUAAAUAGUGUAUUCAUCAAACCUUUAGUGCCUGUUUCCUCAAGAAGCAGCUUUCAUGUUUACUCCUUAAAGAAUGUUUAUCCUGAGAUUGGCAUCACACUAUUUUAUCCUAUUCUGCAAAUCUGUAUUCUGAAAUGUACACGUUAAUCCAUCUUUUUCCUCUGUUCACUGAAAUUAAGUUGAAUUUGAAUGGAUGAAAGACAAAAUGUAUGUUAAUACAAUCUCUUAUCUAGAGCAUUCAAAGCCUGGCUGUCUCUGUUUGCUCGUGUGAUAGAUGCAGGACCGUUUGCAUUUUAAGAGAAUGUACAUCAGAAAGUAAAUUAUUGGGUGUUUAAAAAUCUCAGCCUAUUGACUCAUAAGGAAUAUUGACAGUACUUGUGUUUCCAAAUAAGGGAGGUUUUGGUUUCUUUCUAUGAAAGUAUCUCUGCCUGAAUCCACUUAUUAAACGAACUACUCCAUUUUGAAUAGGGAAAGAAUGGAAACUCUAUAGACAUUUUGCAGGUGAUAUCUGAGCAAAAUACACAUUUGGGUUAGUUUUAUCACAUUAUCACCUGUUUAAAAUCACAUUUUACUCCAUUCUUCUAAAUUUACUUUCAAAUACCUUUCUCUAUGUCUAUAAAUAGAAGGAACUUUUAGAACUUUUAUAUUGUGUAUUAGUUUUACGUAAAGAACUGUGGCUACCAAAUAGUAUUUCCCGUUUAGUUAAUGCAGGUGACUUCUCUGUAUUAAAUUUAAAAAUUACAGAUAUCACUAACCACUAUAAUUAUUUUUGGCUUUUUCAGCCACUGAACACCCCCCCCCUUUUUUUUUAGUUUAAAUACAGGAAAACUGUUUCACAAAUACAUUGCUUCCAGGUAAACGACAUAAUCACCUUUUCUUUAACAAAUAUUUUCUUCACCUGUGGCUCAGUAUGUUUGAUAGCUGACAAAUACAUUUUAUAGCAUAAAGUAAAAACAUCAGCUACACAUUUUAUCUCCCUAUUAAAUCUCCCUUUAGUCAAGUUAGAGUGCACCUGUGGACAGUAGAAGGCAGGCUCAAUCUCUGACAACAGUAUUAAUUUCUUUUGCUACGACAGUGCUGUUUAGAAGCUGGUUUAGGUGUGAAUAUUUUAAUAAUAGUUUGGGUUCUCCCUUGAUAAAGAAUAAAAGGCUUGAUGCUGAGAAUGGUCAGGUUUCUUGACAUUAUUUUAAAUCACCCAAGAUAUGGUUGCAGGAAUUAAUGGAUUUGAGAAGUGGGCCAGGAAUAAUCUUCACAAAAAAGUCUUAGAAUUUCUUGAAGUUCUAGACUAUCAUUAUUUGUCCUUCCAUCAUCAAAUACAUAAAUUACAGGAAUGAUUUUUAGAACUACCGUUUGUGAUUGCCACAAUUUUGAGUCUUUAGACUCUGGGGAUCAUAAAUUAGUUAAAAUAUUUUCUUAGCUCUCCAUGUAACAUAAUAACUCUAAUUCAAUCCUAUAGUUAAAUUAUAUUUGCAGUGUUUAACUGAAAGUUGAAGUGUAACUGUGAAGUUUUUUCUUCAGUAAUCCAUUUUAUAGUUAGUCAUAUGAAGAUUGAAUUGAUGACCCACAGCCCAGGUAGAGUUGAAGAUGAUGUAUCUCUAGAAUACUGAUGUGAGAAACUGGUUGAAAUUGAAGAAAACAAGACACUGUCAAAUAUUAUGAGCUAGAAUAUGAUGAACACCCAGGGAUGGGUUACUCAGGAACUAAAGAGCAAGUCUAAGGCCCAUUUCCCCUCCUUUCACUGUAUUUCAGGUAUUUUAUUGGAAAAGUUAAGCUAAAGACCUGAGACGUUUAGCAAGUGCUGUUGACUGUGAAAUUUGCUUUAAAUCUUCUGAUGAGUUUUAGUUUGGUUUUUUGCAAUCAAGAGUCUACUGCUUGCAAUUAAGAUAUCAGUCUGAAAUGCAUCUAUGGUUCCCAGCCACACAGGUCCUUAUUGCCAUUAUUUUUAAGAAUCUAACUUUAUUGGAAAUUAGCAGACUUUUGCAUAUGAUCUCUUACCUCAGGGAAGAUCACUUGCUAGCAACUCACUACUAAUGACAGGUUUUUGAGAAUUGUACUGACAUCACAUGUUAGCUACUAAAUGCAGAAUUUAUAACAGUAUUAUUUUAUGUAGUUACUAACUGGCUGCUAGUGAACAUUUCUUUAAAAAAUUUAGACCUCACUAAUAACUAACCUUUAGGUAUGAAAUAAACUUGUAAUUUCUGUCUUUAAUUAAGCUUUGGUCAAUACAGUGACAAUAUAAAACAUUUAUUUCAGAAUAUCAGUACCAUUUUGUUUUUAUUUUUCAACAAGAAUUUUAAUUGGCCCAUACAUAAAAUACCGCAGAGCAGAAUUUUAAGAUUCAUGGUUCUCAAAACAAAGUUUCCAUAUUUAGAUUUUCAUAAAAGCUUUUGCAGAACUGAAUUAAACUCCACUCAUCUUAAUAUGACUUUAAAAUCACCUUUUAUAAGAGUAAUAGUGAGAUACAUACUCUAAAGUAAGCUGGGAUAUGGAUACAUCCUACAUUUCAAGGUUAUCAUGUAAUUUAACAAAAUUGCAUAACCUCAGGCUCUUCACAAUAUAAUUUUUCAAACCAGAAGUAUUCACUUGAAAACACCACAGUAGAAUGUUUACUUAACAAAAGGGGAGCUAUAUUACCAAUGUAAGAUUUAUAGUUAAUUGUAAGUUCUGCCAUUCUUAAUAAUUCUUUGAGAUGCUAAGUGUUUAAAUUCAUAUCUAAUGAUACUUAAAUCGUGGGAAUUUUAACAUUUGUUCCAAAAUAGCAGAAAUUGUAAAAAUUGUGAAUUAUUGGAGAAAAUGCCAUUACUUGUAUAUCUGACAUUUAAUUUUUUUAAAUUAUGGAAUCUACAUGCUUUUGUAGUAUAAUAUUAAUACAAUUAUUCUCUUGUAAAAGAAAAGGAAAACUAGUAAAAAGUUUUAGUUGAUGUUAUGUGCUUGUGAGUAUCAAUUACUUAGUAUUUGAAAUCUUAAGGUAUUGCAUACUUUCCUUUAGAAUGCACAAGCCCCUUCCUGAGCUUUUAUGCCUGUGGUAGAGCAAUAAAAGCCUGAAAAGGUUGUCAGUAUUUUUAGGUUCAUUUGACUUUGAGAAUUAGUGCCAAGAGCUGGAGGAUCUGCUUUUCGGAGGGGAAUGUUAUUUAGAAUAUGUAAAAAUAAGUGUAAUAGUGUAAAUAUUUAGAAAAAAUUAAGUAGCAAGUGCUUUAACUGCUGAAUAAAAUAGUAUAGAUGUUCUACCAUCCCUAA